UCCAAAUUCCACCAUGCAAGCAAUCCCUAGAACUUCCAGAAGUUCAUACAGUUUGGGACAAUAGAAAUGUUUCCUAUAUAAAAGAAAGACCAACACAUUGAUAGCACACUCGCCCUUAAAAGUCCCUAAAGUCAUCAGAUCCCUCUUCGAUCAUCUAUAUAGAGAUGGAUGUUUCGACCGAGGUGAGGUAUCGCCGGUCAGCUUCCGGCCUAACAAAAGUCGCACACGUGUUUGCUAUCACAUCUCUUGUUCUCCUCCUCGUGUGGCUGCUUCACUACCGCGAGGGCCUCAAUUACUUCUCUGACAAUGGAUAUCGCGUUUUCAAUGUCCACCCUUUCCUUAUGGUUUUUGGCUUAGUCCUCUUUAGUGGUGAAGCCCUGAUGGCAUACAAGACAGUUCCAGCGGAGAGGAGAAUGCAGAAGAAUAUACAUAUGUUCCUCAACCUCAUCGCUUUCAUAUUAGGAGCAGUUGGCAUACGCGCCGUAUUCAAGUACCACAACAUGAUGAACAUAACAAACUUGUACAGCCUCCACUCAUGGAUCGGUAUAAUCACGAUCUGUGCAUUCGGUUUACAGUGGGUGAUUGGGUUGUUCACCUUCUUGGUGGGAAAUGCUUCAGGAUCAACCAAAGCGAGAGUGGCGCCAUGGCAUGUUUGUUGGGGCAGGGCAAUAUUUUACAUGGCAGUGUGUGCGGCCCUGACCGGGUUCAUGGAGAAGGCUACGUUCUUGAGACUAACGCAGCAGCACGAGGCCCGCGUCCUCAACUUCACCGCGCUGUCCGUCCUCCUCUUCGGCAUUUUUGUCGAUCUAUCCGUCGCUCUUGGCCGCUACAUUUGAAAAGUUCUUUGUCAAUAUUGCUUGAGUACUCAGUGUGGUCACGACAUACGAGAUUCAUAGCUAUUUGUUAUAAAUUUGUUGUGCGCUUUGAAUUUUUUGAUUGUGUAUAAUGUAACAUGAAUGAGCUAAUUUUAUAAUCAGACUGCUCGAGUAUAAGUUUUUUUAUUAUAUGAUACUGAUUUUUUA